UUAAAAAAUAAUUCCACAGCAAACCAUUAUUUUUGGUUGAAACUCGCUCACAUGGAUUCUCAAAGCCUCGUAUUCAUAGUCUAACGUGAUAUUAAGAUAGCCCUACACUGAAAUUGAACUUAUCCUUCAGUGAACUUAUCCUCCCCACUCAAAGAUGUGCAACAAAGAUAGCGGCCGUAGAUUUGCGAGAGGCAGAUAAAGUAGCAGUCGCAGCAGCCAAUAAACAGGAAAGAAGAAAGAAGCUCCAUUCAGCACAAGUUUUUCUUUCUAAGGUCAAAAUGACAUCUACAUUUUCAUGUGCUUCAAGUGGUUCCACGGUUGUUUCAAUCUCAAGAGGCCCAAAAGCUUCCUUCAGAAGAAGGGGUGCAGGACAAGGUUUUGGAUAUGGGGUAAAACCAUUUGCGGGAUCAAAUUGUAGACAUGUAAUGAUUUCUACAGGAAGAAAUUCCACCUAUUCCAUAAGGUCCCUGGCUUCUAAGGAUGGAUUCUUUGGAAAAUCUUUGAUUCUCAGACCUUUUCAACAGAAAAGGAAUGUGAGAAUAGGUGCUUGCAGUUGUGCCACUUCUGAAGAAACAUAUGAGGAGAAGCUGUUAACAGAAGAAGAUGCUAGGGAAAGGAUGAGUAAGACUUUGGAGGCAAUGAAAUCAAAUUUCAAUUCAAUAAGAACAGGAAGAUCAAGCCCAGCACUACUAGAUCGAAUUGAGGUUGAGUACUAUGGAAGCCCUGUCAACCUCAAGAGUCUUGCACAAGUUAGUGUGACAGAAGGAAAUUCUCUUUUGAUUCAGCCAUUUGAUAAGUCCAGUGUAAAGCCUAUUGAAAAAGCCAUUAGCAAGUCUAAUCUGGGUUUAACUCCAAGCAGUGAUGGAAAUAUAAUUCGAUUAAAUAUUCCACAGCUGACAGCUGAAAGAAGAAAGGAACUCCUGAAAGUAGUUGGAAAAAUGGCUGAGGAGGCAAAGGUUGCCAUCAGGAACAUAAGAAGAGAUGCGAUCAAAAGUUAUGAGAAACUAGAAAAGGAAAAAAAACUUUCUAAAGACAAUGUAAAGGAUUAUUCAGAUGAUAUGCAGAAGAUAACUGAUGAAUAUAUAAAGAAGGUUGAUUCAUCGUUUAAAGAAAAAGAGAAGGAGUUGAUGACUAUCUGAUGGUAACCAAGUGCCACGUUUUGUUAUGUUGCAAGUGCUACAUGAUCAUCUGAAGGUUGGAGGAAUACAUUUUGUAUUUUCAAUUAACUAUCUUUUGUUCAGGGUGUAUAAUUACUUAUAAAAAAAAUAACUAGCAAUUUUCUAUGUUGUACACUGGUGCAAUUUCCAAAUAGCCAGCAUUGUGAGCUUGAUUUUGGCCUUGCAAUAUGGCAAUCUUUUUGUUGUCUCAAACCAAUUUUGAGGCUUCCGAUCUUCUCUUAAUGCUCAUUGAAAUAUAAAUUUAAUGCUAAAGAUAGUCAUAUCUACAAUAUAUGGCAGUAAUUUGAAAGAAUUCAA